UUAAUAUUUUUUCUUUUCCCCUCCCUCCCCAGCCCUCGGGGAGCGGCGGCGGCGGGCCGGAGGGUGCGGAGGGAGAAGAUGGCGAGGAGCGGAGCCCAGGCCCCGCGCCUCCUCCUGCCGCUGCUGCUCGCCCUGGCGCUGCCGGCGGCGGCGGAGCGCAGCCCCGGGCCCGGCCCCGGCCCCGCAGAUAAACUCCUAGUUUUUACUGUAGCAACUAAAGAAACUGAUGGCUUUCACCGCUUCAUGCAAACUGCAAGGCACUUCAACUACACAGUGAAGGUACUUGGAAAAGGUGAAGAGUGGAGAGGUGGUGAGCUGGCUAACUCUAUUGGCGGGGGGCAGAAAGUUCGACUGCUGAAAGAAGGCAUAGAAAGCUAUGCUGAUCAAGAGGACUUGGUUGUAAUGUUUGUUGAAUGCUAUGACGUUAUCUUUGCGGGGGGGCCUGAAGAACUGCUAAAGAAAUUUCAGGAAACGAAUCAUAAAGUGGUGUUUGCAGCAGAUGGACUAAUUUGGCCAGAUAAAAAGCUAGCUGACAAGUAUCCUGUUGUCCGGAGUGGAAAGAGAUUCCUGAACUCAGGAGGAUUUAUUGGUUAUGCUCCAUAUAUAAAUCGAAUUGUGCAGCAAUGGAAUCUUCAGGAUAAUGAUGACGACCAGCUGUUUUACACCAAAAUCUAUGUUGACCCAUUGGCACGGGAACGCAUAAACAUUACUUUGGAUCACAAAUGUACCAUUUUCCAGACCCUAAAUGGGGCUAUUGAUGAAGUUCUUCUGAAAUUUGAAGAAGGAAAAGUAAGAGCAAGGAAUUCUGCGUAUGAGACAUUACCGGUCACUGUUCUUGGAAACAGUCCAACUAAAAUUCACUUGAAUUACUUGGGAAACUAUAUCCCCAAUGGUUGGACACGGGAAAAUGGAUGCAGUAUUUGUGACUUAGACUUACUAGACCUGUCAACAGUAAAGGAGUAUCCAAGAGUAAAAAUUGGUGUUUUCAUUGAACAACCCACUCCUUUCCUACCUAAAUUUUUAGACAGACUGUUGACACUGGACUACCCAAAGGAGGCCCUCAGUAUCUUUAUUCAUAAUAAUGAGGUUUACCAUGAAAAGCACAUCAAGAAAUUCUGGGAAAAAGCCAAGAACAUUAUCAGAAAUAUAAAAAUUGUUGGACCUGAAGAAAAUCUGAGUCAAGCAGAAGCCCGGAACAUGGGAAUGGACCUUUGUCGCCAGGAUAAAGCAUGUGAAUAUUACUUCAGCAUAGAUGCAGAUGUUGUAUUGACAAACCCGAAGACUUUAAAGUUACUGAUAGAGCAGAACAGAAAGAUAAUUGCUCCACUUGUAACUCGUCAUGGGAAGCUUUGGUCCAAUUUCUGGGGUGCUUUGAGCCCAGAUGGCUACUAUGCUCGGUCAGAAGAUUAUGUUGAUAUUGUCCAAGGGAACAGAGUAGGUGUAUGGAAUAUUCCAUAUAUGGCAAAUAUAUACUUGAUUAAGGGACAAACCCUCAGAUCAGAGAUGAAAGAGAAGAACUACUUCACACGUGAUAAGUUGGAUCCUGAUAUGGCUUUCUGCAGGAACGCCAGGGAAAUGACUUUACAAAGGGAAAAAGACUCCCCUUCUUCGGAAACAUUCCAUAUGCUCAGACCCCCAAAGGGUGUUUUCAUGUACAUCACCAACAGACAUGAAUUUGGAAGACUUAUUUCCACAGCCAAUUACAAUACCUCCCACUAUAACAAUGACCUCUGGCAGAUAUUUGAAAAUCCUGUGGACUGGAAGGAAACCUACAUUAAUCCCAACUAUUCAAAGAUCUUCACGGAUAAUAUAGUAGAACAGCCAUGUCCAGAUGUUUUUUGGUUUCCCAUAUUUUCUGACACCGCCUGUGAUGAAUUGGUAGAAGAAAUGGAACAUUUUGGACAGUGGUCUGGUGGAAAACACCAAGACAGCCGUAUUUCUGGAGGUUAUGAAAAUGUCCCAACUGAUGAUAUUCAUAUGAAGCAAAUCGGACUGGAUAAUGAAUGGCUGCAUUUCAUAAGAGAGUUCAUUGCACCAGUGACACUAAAAGUGUUUGCUGGCUAUUAUACCAAGGGAUAUGCUUUAUUGAAUUUUGUUGUAAAAUACAGCCCUGACAGACAGCGGUCACUCAGACCUCAUCACGACUCCUCUACAUUCACAAUAAAUAUUGCACUCAACAAAGUAGGAGAGGAUUUUCAAGGAGGUGGAUGUAAAUUUCUUAGGUACAACUGCUCUAUUGAGUCACCCAGGAAGGGAUGGAGCUUCAUGCACCCAGGAAGACUUACUCAUUUACAUGAAGGACUUCCUAUCUUGAAUGGCACAAGAUAUAUUGCAGUAUCGUUUAUUGACCCAUAAUUUUAUUUUGCCCUCUCCAACACCAGCGUUUGAUUCUUUACCUAAACAUUUAUUUAUAGUUUUCUUCUGGAAGAUGGUGAUACAAGAAAUUAAGUUACUGUUCCUAGACAGCAGGGUUACUUUGGGCUAAAGAACAAAAAGUUUUUAAAUUUCUCAAUAUCUGCUCUGAGCCUUGAGUCACAAAGUAAACAUGUCCUGCUUAUUUUUCCAUUUUGCUGUCUUAAGGAAUAGGUGAGGAACAAAAAUGGAAAAGCAUUUUACAAUGAAUCUGUUUCUAUUUUGGAAAAAAAAAUCCUAGAUGCAAAAUUAUCUGAAACUUAUUGUGGUUUUUAUUCAAGUGACGCAUUUAAAAAUUGUGUAGCGUGUAUAUUUGGUACCAACUAAUUAAAGCACAGCCUAAAAACAAAGUGAAUAUCAUAUACAUUUAUUGGGAUUAAGCAAUAAUUCCAGAGACUGGUAUAGAUAUUUAAUGGAAAACAUCUCAGUAGCCUGUUUUCUUAAUUCACUUAAAAUACUGAAAUGUUCAUCUUUAGGGGAAAAAAAUGCAGAGAUGAAGUUACGAUUAAAUAGUUACGAUUAAAUAAUUUAGCUAAGAAAAAUAGUUUUAUCAUUUGUUUUAAGAACUCAACCUGUUAAAAAUUUACUUUUCUUCACCAAGUGACCUUCACUUAAAAUAGUUAUUUUUCUAAGUGUGUAAUUGAACCCAAUUGAUGCUAGAAAUUUGAUGUUUAUUUUCACAGUGAUGGUAAAAUUUAAUAGCAGGAUCUUUUAUAAAGACAAUUUUCUACUCGUAUUUAAAGUUACUUGAAUUUUGUAUCAGGAAAAUGAAAUUGUGAAAGUCCCUUUUAAACCUAAGGGUCUUAACUUUCCGUUUAUUUUAAAGAAAUACAUUUAAAAUAUUCCUACUGUAUCUACUGUUUAUAAUUUAAAGAAACUUGAAGCAAACUAUCUCAAAGUCUACCAUGCCAAAAUGCACAUGUUGGAAAAUCUUGUGAAAAAUAAAGGGUAAUUUUAAAUUAAUGUAA